AACACAUUCCACGCAUUCUGCAAUACAUAGUUAAUUAGCAUUAAUGGCCUAUGAGGAUCAAACUUUCAGCCGCAGUGGGCCUUCACAUCUCACCGCCGUUGAUUGGAGCAACUUGAACCACAAAAGGUCAGUGUUAGCCAGCUUGGUCCAGGGAGUUUACACCUUGCAACAUGACCAACGACAUAACCGGAAAUACCCAUACGCCCUGGCCCAUCCGUGGUGGGACUCUUUCAACUUCCAAGUCUACCAACGCCUCGUAGACAACAAUGACGGCUCGAUUUUUGGGGUGGUCUUCAGGUUACUAAGCUCCUGCCACCAAACCGGCGGGCCACCGCAAUACGUGAUUGCAUUCCGCGGCACGAUCAUGAAGCCGGAAAACUGGGAAGAGGACGUCAAGCUGAACGUGAAAGUCGUCCUCAACCGCAUCCAGAAGAGCAAUCGUUUUCGGACAGCGCUAGAAGCAGCCACCCAGGCGAUCCAGAUAGAGCACAAAUGCGUCUGGCUGGUAGGGCAUUCCCUGGGAUCGUCGCUAGCACUGGCGGUCGGGCGGGAAAUAGUGAAGAAAUUCAAAGUCCGUCUCGAGACGUACUUGUUUAACCCGCCCUUUAUCUCUCUGCCGAUCGAGCGAAUCAAGAACAACAAGGUGAAGACUGGGAUUAGGUAUCUCACCAGUUUCGUGACUGCUGGCUUAACUCAGUUAACUGCUGCUGCUGCUGUUGCGGUUACUACUGAGACUAGUAAAAAGGACUAUUUUGCAAUGCUGUCAACAUGGGUCCCGUAUGUAUUUAUCAACCGGGCGGAUCCAAUAUGCUCGGAAUAUGCUGGGUAUUUUAAGAACAGGGAGUCAAUGGAGGCGAUCGGGGCGGGGAAGAUUGUGAGGAUUGCCACCAAAAGAUCCGUUUUGAGCAUGUUUUCGUCGCAUGAACCGCUACAUCUUCUUCCUUGUGCUCAUAUCACUCUCAACGUUACGGCGGCGACAAGGUUUAAGGAGGCUCAUGGGAUUUGCAAAGAGUGGCUUAAGUUUAAGGAGGCUCAUGGGAUUGACCAAUGGUGGAGGCGUGAUUUGAAGGUGGAGUGCAAGCAAUACCAAUACAAAUAACCUCACACCCAAUUAAUUAUAAAUUGUUUUGCUUAAUUAAUUGUAUGCGACACACCAGCAUUAUCAGACAUUCUAUACUCUUUUCCUCCCGCAAUACAUUUGACUUGAUGCGGGUUUAAAAAAAUGUAAAAGAAAAUGAGUUUAAAAAAUUAGUAAAAUAAAAGUUUAAUUUUUAUUCA